GGUCGGUAUCGGGACAAUCUAGAAUAACCUGUCGCGAAAAGCAGGCUGAACGCCAGCCAUCUAUAGUGUUUACACGUUAAGAUUUUUUAUAGGGUGUUAGAACCACCUGCGUGUGUGUUCGCCCUCCUACCGACCUGAUUAAAAUAUAUAAAAAAUAAAAUAAAAAAGGAUGAUGAGUACGGCCACCAGAGUGUCCCGCUCGUCUUGUGGAAACUAACCUUCUCCCAAGUUUGAUAGCUACAACAUUACCAAACUAGUGUUAAUCUACUACAUUUUAUCUCUUCAUCUUAACUAUGAAGUCGCCUUCAGUUCCGGUAUCAAGCCUAUGCGCCUGGUUGAUACUCACCAAUCUGUGUGAAUCUUCCAGUUUUAAGCCGAACUGCACUUUACCAACUACCGAUACCAAUUAUGUCUCUGGGUCCACUAUUCGCAGUACUCUAGGUAUCCUCUGGAACUGUACCUCGGUCAUCAUCCUCUGCACAUGGAAUAUUCAACAUCUUAACGUCCCUGCAUUCCGCCGAGCCGACGGUAUCAAGAAAGUAUGGAUCGCCAUCGUAGCACUUACUACGAGAGUCAAAUGGAUGGUCUUCACGAUUUUCGUUCCGGAAUAUUUCGUGGGUAAAGCACUGAGUGAGCUCUGCGCUGCUUAUUACACAUCUAUUGAGAUGAAGGAUCAAGAAUAUAUGGCUGGUAAAGAAUGGGGAAUUGUUCAUUCUUAUUUGGCAAAUAUGGGAUAUUUCGUUCUCGACACUCAACAACUUGAAUUCGAUGCUACGCCUUCCACAUCCCCUGACGACCAAUCGUCGAUGCACUCCACGUCAGAGCCUAAAGAACACCCUCAAAGACAUGAAGUGCUUCCUAGUCAAGAUGAUACCCUGGAGCCUCAAGUGGUCGAUACGCCUUCCUUGAAUCAUUCGCCCCAUGAAGCUCGAAUCAAUAGAAUGGCACAAAAGCCGACGAUGACACGUUCAGUUAAAAUUAAUAUCCAUCGCCUCAAGUACCGCUACUGGGCACUGUCUUCUUCGCAAUGGCAAUAUUUGUUCGAAAAUGAAAUUGCCGCCGUACCAAAUAUACCGUCUAUAUAUCUAGAGAGGCUUGACAAAGGGGGGAUGCUAGUCAAAUUGCUUGCUGUGGGCCAGGUUAGCUACCUAGUCAUUCAGCUUAUCUCCCGCAAAAUACAGGACCUCCCUUCUUCACAGCUCGAGAUAGGAACACUUGCAUUCUCAGUAUCGAGCCUCAUUACGUAUGGUUUAUAUUGGAAACAUCCGCAGGGUGUUGAUGUUAUACAUAUCAUCCCAACAACGGGUAAAAGGCUAGAUGGUUGGGAUAUAGCUGAGUUGGCUCAACUCGGACCUAAAUCAAUGUGGAACAAACUGAGGACGAAGAGCGAUUUUGACCCGGAGCUCGGUCCAAGUCCAAUCCCAAAUGACAGCAGCCAUUACGAAGAGCAUAUUUGGACAUUUGGGACGAUUUUCAGCGGAAUCCCCUUUGGCGGUCUUCAUUGCCUCGCAUGGAGAUUUCAAUUUCCGACUACGGUAGAAGCUGUUCUCUGGAGGGUCUGCUCGGUUGUUACGACUUGUCUACCUCUGGUCGCGAUGAUCCCCCUUUUAAUAUGGCUAGGAUUCAUCGUUAUGGAACAUGAGGGCCUCACUAAAGAUAGCCUCAGAUUAGAUGGAAAGUUUGGGACUUUCCGGCUGACUACCGCUUACAUCGUUCUGAUGCUUUUACUCAUAUAUUUCUUAGCGAGGCUUUUUCUCCUGUGUGAAAUGAUACGGUGCCUAUUUUACCUCCCACCUGAAGCAUUCAUUGACACUUGGUCCAACGCUUUUCCACACUGGGGUUGAGUCAGGGACGAAUCAACGUACAUUAUCUUUUAUUGCAUUCAGGUUAUUUGUUAGGCGACGUUGGGUUCCCUCUUUACGAUACACUUCGAAUCUUGAGCAAAUACAAUCUUAUCUCAGGUACCUCUAAGUCAUUAUAAAGUCCUAUUUAAUACCACCCAUGGCAAAUAUGUUGUAAAUUUCCACUCUGAGAUAAUAUCAUCUUGUUACUGUUUUAUUCCCAC